CACCAGUCCACUUCCAGGCUCCCAGCCGGCGGCCAGCCCCAGCCGCACCCGCACUCCCGCAGAACAUGCCGCCCCCUCAGCCGCUGCUCGGCGGCGCCGCGCCCGCUCCGGCGCGAGCGGCCCCAUCCUUCCUCCACCUCCUUCUCCACACGCGCCACCGCGUCCCCACCGCACGUGCCGCUGCCGCCUCCUCCGUGCCCGCCUCUCACUCCUCGCACGCGAACGACGCCCUUCUCCUCCGCCGUGCCGCCGACGUGGCCGACCGCUCCGCGGGACUCACCUCCCCGCACCCCAACUUCGGGUGCGUCAUCGCGCGGCCCCAGCCCAAUACCGACAGCACCGAUUCCUGGGUGGUCGGCGAGGGGUUCCUCUACGCGCAGGGAACGCCCUGCGCUGAGCUCCUCGCCGCACAGGAGGCCGGUGAGCACGCGUGCGGCAGCACGGCAUAUCUCAACCUCGAGCCUGGGGACUGCUUUGGGGACAACACAGCCGUCGGAUCCCUCGUCCAGGCAGGAAUUACAAGAGUUGUGGUGGGUCUUAGACAUCCCUUGAAGCACCUGAGAGGGAAGGCAAUUCAAGCAUUACGAAGCGAAGGCAUUCAAGUUGAUGUUGUGGGGGAGGAUCUGCAGAGUAAACUGUUUGAGGAAGCUCUGAAGUCAUGCCUCACUGUAAAUGCUCCAUUGCUUUACAGAGCUGCCUUUCAUGUCCCUUUCUCCGUCCUGAAGUAUGCUAUGACUGCAGAUGGAAAAAUAGCAGCAAGUAGUGGACAUGCUUCUUGGAUAAGUGGCAAAGCAUCGAGAGGGCGUGUAUUUGAAUUGCGUGGCAGAAGCGAUGCUGUUAUUGUUGGUGGAAAUACAGUGCGUUUUGAUGAUCCUCGAUUAACUGCAAGGCAUGUUAAGGGGCAUGUUCCAGUGCGUAUAGUGAUGUCACAGUCUCUUAACCUUCCAGACGAAGCAAAUUUAUGGAAUGUUAACGAUGCCUAUACAAUUGUUGCAACUCAGAGAGGUGCUCGGCGAGAUUUUCAAAAGAAGCUUGCUAUGAAGGGUGUUGAAGUAGUAGAGUUUGACAUGCUGAAUCCAAGAAAUGUUAUGUCAUAUUGUUAUGAUCGUGGUUAUCUUGCUGUAUUAUGGGAAUGUGGUGGGACACUAGCUGCUUCUGCUAUAGCUGCAAGUGUUAUCCAUAAGGUCUAUGCAUUCUGGGCUCCCAAAAUAAUUGGGGGAUUAAAUGCACCAACGCCAGUUGGUGAUCUAGGGAUGAAUCAAAUGACUCAGGCAAUAAAUUUAAUUGAUGUCUCGUACGAGCAGAUUGACAGGGACAUGCUCAUGAGUGGAUUCAUCGAACCCAUUCCUGAUCUUUCGCCUGUUAUACCAUCCGUGGAAGAAAUACCUUCCGUUGAUCCAGAAGUAUCUCCAUAUGAAGCAAAUAUUAUUUCCUUUUACAAGACAUGGGAUAUUUUUGGGGCUUUCUCAAACUUUUCUCCUCAUCCAAUUCACAUGCCUGAUGAAAAUGGAGAUUACUUCACAUGGCCAACAGUGGAAUACUAUUACCAGGCUCACAAGUUUGUUGGUGUUGACAAUCCCCAAGCAAGAGACAUUGUUCAAGAAAUAAAGCUAGCAAAGAGUCCUGAAGAGGCUGCUAGAAUAGGAAGGACCCGACAAAAAGGGUUCCCUGAACUGGUAAGAACAGAUUGGGAGACUACAAAAAUAGAUGUGAUGUAUAGAGCUAUCAAAUGCAAGUUUUCAACUUAUCCCCAUCUGACUAAUAUGUUGCUGUCAACUGCUGGCUCUAUUCUCGUCGAGGCAUCGCCUCACGAUUUAUUUUGGGGUGGUGGGCGGGAGGGAGAAGGCCUGAAUUACUUGGGUAGAUUGUUGAUGCAGUUAAGAUCAGAGAUUCUGGGGACGGUUCCAGCAAGCGCUGGAGUAGGGGCGGCAGAUUGAUUCGCAGGCGAGCAAAUCUUAUUUAGCAGAAGUGUUGAUUGCAAGAUCAGACAUUAAGGUCUGGCUGGGCGCUGGUUGCUAGUUUGCUACAGUGGAUGCUGCUAGUGAAAGGGAGCACAAAUGAGAUUUGUUAAUUAUCUAUAUGCCUGAAGAACAUACCAUGGGCCCUGCUCUGUUGUCAAACAAUUUCAUCAGGCCAUCGGGCUAUAGGAAACACAAAGGAGAAACACCAACAGCCAUGCAUAGAGUGUGGUAGAUAAAUGUUGAUAAGUUGAUAAGGACUAAUAGAUUGGGCCAGCAGUAGAUGAAAUGUUUGUUGGGUAAUACUUGUUUAAAGUACUCCCUCCGUUCUAAAUUACGAGGCUUGGCUUUGCUAGAUACAUAGUUUUACUAUGGAUUUAGAUAUAUAUUUAUGUCUAGAUACAUAAUAAAAUCAAUGUAUCGAAAAAACCAAAACGUCUUAUAAUUUAGAAUAGAGGGAAGCAAAAGGAGGGUGGAUUAUUUUAUAAGAGAGUUGAAUAAAUGAGCAUUCAUUGUUAGUUGUUUCUUUC